UUCCUUUGCACGUGAAAGUCCAGACGGUUGAAGGGAAGGCACGACCGAUGUGGCGCUUCGCUCCUCGGAACGCUUCCGCCGAUCUUCACCGCCGACUCUGGAAAUUUUCUGGAGAGCACGACUCACACCAACCACCAACCACAACCUCCACCCACACUCACGCCUCCCAUUGCAGUCGACCAACAUGUCCGAGUUCUUCCUCCCCAACUCCAACGUUGGCGACCGCACCAAUGCCGAGGACUUUCGCAUUCGCGGCAUGACGCCCCUCACUCCCCCCGACCUCCUCCAACACGAAAUCCGACAAACCACAAAGUCAAAAGAGACGGUGUUGCGAGGGCGCAAUGAAUCCGUCGACGUCGUGCAAGGCGUCGACCCUAACCGCAGACUUCUUGUCGUCGUCGGCCCCUGCUCUAUUCACGACCCGGAGAUGGCGCUGGAGUACUGCGACAGACUAAUGGAGCUGAAGAAGAAGUACGAGGAGGAUCUGCUGAUUGUGAUGCGGAGUUACUUGGAGAAGCCGCGGACAACGGUGGGAUGGAAGGGGUUGGUCAACGAUCCGGACAUCGACAACACCUUCAACAUCAACAAGGGCCUCCGCACCGCGCGCAAGCUGUUCCUCGACCUGACGGAGAAGGGCAUGCCCCUCGCAUCCGAAAUGCUCGACACCAUCUCCCCCCAGUUCAUCGCCGACAUGCUCUCCGUUGGGGCCAUUGGCGCCCGCACCACUGAAAGCCAAAUCCACCGCGAACUCGCCUCCGGUCUCUCCUUCCCCGUCGGCUUCAAGAACGGCACAGACGGCAGCUUGGAGAUUGCCCUUGACGCUAUUGGCGCCGUGCAGCAUCCCCAUCACUUCCUUUCCGUCACCAAACCCGGCAACGUCGCCAUCGUCGGCACCGUGGGCAACGAAGACUGUUUCGUCAUCCUCCGCGGCGGCAAGAAAGCCACAAAUUACGACAGCAAGUCCAUCGCGACGGCAAAAUCCGCGCUCGAAGCCAAAGCCCUCCGCCCGCGGCUGAUGGUCGACUGCUCGCACGGCAACAGCGAGAAGAACCACAAAAACCAGCCCCUCGUCGCCGCUUCGCUUGCAGAGCAAAUCCGCAAGGGUGAGGAGGGCAUCAUGGGCUGCAUGAUUGAAAGCAACAUCAACGAAGGCAACCAGAAGGUGCCGAAGGAGGGCAAGGCGGGGCUGAAGUACGGUGUUAGCAUCACGGAUGCUUGCAUCAACUGGGAGGAUACGGAGGUCGUGCUGCAGCAGCUUGCCGACGCGGUGGCGGAGCGGAGACGCUUGUUGGGCCCGAUUAAGAGUAAGGAGAUGUUCCGCGAGGCGAAUGGGACCGCAAACGGGCAUGCCUAAGGAUGUUGAGGAGUGCUUUUCUUUGUGGAUUCCAGGGAUCUGAGCGGCUUCUUUGUCAUUGGCGCUGUUGACGUUCAAAAGCUGAUGGAUGCAUGUCACGAUUCUAGUGGUGACUUGUAAUAUACGACCGGCUUCACUUCACAUGGCUGAUACCUCCGUAGAUGGACGAACAGUACUAGGAAUUGAGACGGUUCAUCUGGCACAAUCUCAUGCAAGCCUCAAUAGCCAGACUAUCCCUCUUCUCGCCUCGUGCGCGGUGCUCUGUAUAGACGGCAAAACCUAGGCAUAUCCAAUCGCAGUCCCGCUCCUUAACUCGCCCUCCCGAUACCAACGCGGUCAGAACUUCCCCAUUCAACAAACACACCUCCAUACCGCACCUCUAUCACCUCCCCUCCUCCCCUCAGCAGAACAUCAAACAUAAGCAACCC